AUGUCCUACCCGCAGGGCUACUUGUACCAGCCGUCCGCCUCGCUGGCGCUCUACUCGUGCCCGGCUUACAGCACCAGCGUCAUCUCGGGGCCCCGCACGGAUGAGCUCGGCCGUUCGUCGUCGGGGUCGGCGUUCUCGCCCUAUGCCGGCUCCACUGCCUUCACUGCGCCCUCGCCGGGCUACAACUCGCACCUCCAGUACGGAGCCGACCCCGCAGCAGCCGCUGCCGCCGCCUUCUCCUCGUACGUGGGUUCUCCCUACGACCACACGCCAGGGAUGGCGGGAUCCUUGGGGUACCACCCAUACGCGGCACCCCUGGGCUCAUACCCGUACGGGGAUCCAGCAUACCGGAAGAACGCCACGCGGGACGCCACUGCCACGCUCAAGGCCUGGCUGAACGAGCACCGCAAGAACCCCUACCCCACCAAGGGCGAGAAGAUCAUGCUGGCCAUCAUCACCAAGAUGACCCUCACCCAGGUGUCCACCUGGUUCGCCAACGCGCGCCGGCGCCUCAAGAAGGAGAACAAGAUGACGUGGACGCCGCGGAACCGCAGCGAGGACGAGGAGGAGGAGGAGAACAUUGAUCUGGAGAAGAACGACGAGGACGAGCCUCAGAAGACCGAGGACAAGGGCGACCCCGAGGGCCCCGAAGCAGGAGGAGCGGAGCAGAAGGCAGCUGCUGGCUGCGAAAGACUGCUGGGACCGCCCACCCCCGCCAGCAAGGAGACCGAGGGCAGCCUCAGCGACUCGGAUUUUAAGGAGCCUUCCUCCGAAGGCCUUCUCGACUCGCUGCCGGGACCCCCCCGCACUGGCGGAUCCUCCCCAGCUGGGCCCACAGCGGCACGGCUGGCCGAGGACUCGGUCCCUCACUACCCGUCGGGUGCGCCGGCGUCCGGUCCGCACCCGGCUACGGGAGAGUUGCCCCCUGGCCCCGGCGGGCCCUCGGUCAUCCACUCGCCGCCGCCGCCACCGCCACAGGCGGUGCUCGCCAAGCCCAAACUGUGGUCUCUAGCCGAGAUCGCCACAUCCUCGGACAAGGUCAAGGACGGGGGCGGAGGGAGCGAGGGCUCCCCAUGCCCUCCGUGUCCCGGGCCAGUAGCCGGGCAAUCUUUGGGAGGCAGUCGCGCGUCACCAGCCCCAGCGCCCGCGCGCUCUCCCUCUGCGCAGUGCCCUUUUCCCGGUGGGACGGUGCUGUCCCGGCCUCUCUACUACACGGCACCCUUCUAUCCUGGCUACACGAACUAUGGUUCCUUCGGACACCUUCACGGCCACCCGGGGCCCGGGCCAGGCCCCACUACCGGUCCAGGCUCGCAUUUCAAUGGAUUAAACCAGACCGUGUUGAACCGAGCGGACGUUUUGGCUAAAGACCCGAAAAUGUUGCGGAGCCAGUCCCAGCUAGACCUGUGCAAAGACUCUCCCUAUGAGUUGAAGAAAGGUAUGUCCGACAUUUAACACGGGCUGCGUCGGUCCCGGACUUUUCUAACUUAUUAAAAACAUGGCCUUGGCAGUUAUUUUUCCAUCACCAAAAAGAGAAAACAAAAACAAAACACACUGUCCCUCCUAUUCUAAAGUUUAUAGUUUAUGGAGAUGAUGGCAUAAAAAUGUAAACAUCUCCACACAAAAAUGUCUUAGCCAACUGAAAAGAAAAAAAAAAACUUUAAAAAAAAGAUUUGUAUUAAAUCUUAUUCUGUAUAUUUAAUGUAGCAUUUUUGUAUUUAAAUUGAUAAUUCAAUAUCUUUGAAGUAAAUUAUGAAAUCAAGCUACCUGUACAGGCAUUUAAUGUUUUUUUUUGUGAUAUAAAUAUAUACACUUGUGUUUCCCCCCAAGACUGUUUCAUAGUUUAAAAUACAAGUUUAAUUUAAUUUUUUACACUUAAUGAUUUUUCUGGGUCUGAGCUAAAGUAUUAUUACAGAAAGGAAACAGGUUAUACUCUACUCUUAGAUUAAAAAAAGUAAAAGAAACUGCAGCCGCCUUUGUAAAAUGCAAAAUAUUUAAUUAAAAGAGAUUUUAACAUAAUCAGAGCCAUCAUUACUUUUUAGAAGCCUCAAUAAGCUGUCCGUCUUCGCAUUGG